GACGCGAGCGUGAAAAGAAGGAGCGGUGUGCGAGAACCACGCACACAAGUACGGCCGUGCGUGCGCGAGAGGGAGACGACCGCGCGGGAAGGAGACGGCGGCGCCAAUUACUAUCACCUGGCGGGCUGCUACCGCAUUACCCACUGCCGCCGCGCGCGCGACCACGCGCCCGCUGCAACUCGCGGCCCGCUCCUCUUGUCACGGAUAAUACCCGAGUCUGCACUUCAAUCGAUAUUCGCUGGCUACCGUCGCGAGUGCACCCCGAGCUACCCUGAUCGCGAUGCUCCCCGCCUGGGACCAGUGACUAGUACACAACAUGAAACUGUGAAGUGUGUGCGGGCAGUGACAAAGACCUCAUCGACGUGCUUAUUUACAAGUUUUCCGACAAGUUACACUGUGAAAAAUGACGUCCCAAUUCGCCUUUAGAGGAUCUCCCCCAAAUCAGAGCACCAUAUCGACAGCCUCAAACAGUCCGCCGCCGGCGCAAGCGGGAAUGAGCAGCGGAGGAGGGGCGAGCGGCGCGGGUCGGGCGAGUUCUCCGGCGGCGGCGGCCCCGCGGUGCUGCGACACCGGCCGCCCGAUAUUCCAGGACCCGAUCACUGGCCAGACGGUCUGCUCGUGCCAGUACGAGUUCCUCAACUACCAGAGGCUGGCGUCGGGGGUACCGCUGUCCAUGUACAGCGCCCCGUACUCCGACGCUGCCGCCGCCACCGCCGCGGGCAUGGCCGCCUACUUCCCGGCGCUCGCCGCUGACCAGCCCCCAUUUUACACAAAUGCUGCUGCAGGCAUCGAGCUGAAAGAGAACCUGGCAGCGAGCGCAGCCAGCUGGCCUUAUCCCACUGUUUAUCACCCCUACGACGCGGCCUUCGCGGGAUACCCUUUUAAUGGGUACGGAAUGGACCUAAAUGGAGCUAGGAGAAAAAACGCCACACGGGAAACGACCAGCACACUGAAAGCGUGGCUCAAUGAACAUAAGAAAAACCCGUAUCCGACGAAAGGAGAGAAAAUUAUGCUCGCGAUAAUCACCAAGAUGACGCUGACGCAGGUAUCGACGUGGUUUGCGAACGCGCGCCGGCGACUAAAGAAGGAGAACAAGAUGACGUGGGAGCCGAGAAACAGGGUCGACGAUGAUGACAAUAACAAUGACGAUGAUGAUCACAAAAGCAAUGAUGGAAAAGACGCUUUAGAUGGGAAAGACUCCGGCACAGGAUCGAGUGAAGACGGGGACCGGCCACAGCAAAGACUAGACUUGCUCGGACAAAGAACGGAAUCGGAAUGGUCAGAGUCUCGGGCUGAUAGUGGUCCUGAGUCACCAGAGCCAUACGAGAGGCCGAUACAUCCUGCUUACCAGCAUUUGCCGUCGCGUGCGCCACCAGGUAGCACUCCCGCUUCUACUAAACCCAGAAUAUGGUCCCUCGCAGACAUGGCCAGCAAAGAUGGCGAGUCGCCGGCACCGCCUUCGUCUGCUUCAGCAUUCUAUCAGUCGGCAGCGGCGGCGGCGGCGGCGCGGCUCGCUCAUCCUUAUAGCAGACCGGAUUUGUACCGAGGCUUGUAUCCCCCGACACACCCCGCUGACGUGGCUCUUUUAGAAUACUCCCGCUCACUAGCAAUGCAGGCCGCACCAGCGCCGGCGCCGCCAGCACCCUCGCCGUCCUCGUCGUCCACCUCCUCGUUGGCCGAGCCUCCCCCCUCCCGCGCCUGACCCCCUGCCCCUCGCCCGCCACUGGCGCAUCGACAAUAACUGCGAUCUCGCCCCACGAGUGCCACGAGGGCCUUCUCACCUGUAAAUAGUGAUAGAAUAAAUAUAAAUAUGUAUACAUACGUAUAUAUACGUGAUAAUAAUUAUGCACCGGUAGAGAAGCUUAGAUUUGUGAUAGUGGACACAGGCGACGCCGCGCCGUGAGGUUGACAACUCGCAAACGACGUCGGAGCGAAGUCGCGCCGACUGACCGACAAUACUAGGUGCUAUACAAGUUGGACCUUGCGACAUGUUGCUGUAGUUAUUACGGAGGUGGUUUAAUGAAGUGAUUUUUAAAUCAAAAAUAGGUAUUAAUAUGUGUUACGUUUCUAAUAGGUAACAAACACUGUUCUAGACUAUUAUUUUGUAUGUAGAGUGUAAAUUAUUUUGAAAAUAUUCUCCUUAUAUUUAGUGCCUAAUUACGUCCAGUGUUUCUAUUGUUUGAUAGUUUCUUGAAUAUCUAACAUUCGAAUUUUAAUAUUUAUUGAUACGAGGUCAGUAGUUAUAUCAAACUUUAUUGUAAGUUUUUAAAUCUACAAAUUAUUCAAUAGACACUGUUGAGGAUUUUGAAAAAUCUGUAUAAAUAAUUUCUAGUCAAAAGACUAUGAUUGUCUAUGUUUAACAUUAAUAAAUUACAAUAAAGAUGUUUCAUUUUCAUAAGAAUCAUGUACAUUGUAGUUUUUUAGUAAUGAAAAGGCAGGGUUGUCAUAUACAUAUAUAUAUUUUCUUGUCUACAUUAUACAUGCCUGUUUGCCGAAGUACAAAGGAAAACCGAGAGAAAAACUAUUCUACUUUUAUUUAUUUUAUUUUACUUUCAAAAACUGAUCUUUUUGUACUCGUCAUAUUUUGAAAAUAAAGUCCCUUCGAACUACUUAUUUCAUCCCAGCAAAAAGUAUCUUCGGGACCAAUGAAAUAAAUAAUUAUAGUAACUAAUAAAAUUUAUUUUUUAAAAAUUCAUCUCUAUUGCUUAAACAUUAACGUUUUCAUUUACAAAUUUUGAAUGUUUCUCUUUCGAUAAAUGACAAGCUCUGUAAUUAAAACAUUCUACAAAUUUUAGAACUGUUUUUAUAUUAUUUAUAAAAAGACAACCGCGUCACUAAAUAUUAAUUUAUUUUUAAUGUCCAAGGGCAUGAUACAGGCCACCCAAAAAACACAAGCUUUCCUUCUAAUAAAUCAUCAUGAAAAAUCCAACCACCAUUGCAACGCCCAUAAACUUAAUUUGUAAUAAUUCCAGUGAUGAAAACUCAACAAACUGAAUCUCUACUAGAUACAAAAAACAACGAACUGACAACCCUGCCGUAAAAGUAGUAUUCCGUUGGAAAUGUUUGCCUAAGACUUAAUCUCUUCGAAGAAUUAUAAAAUUUGUAAGUCUCAAAUGGCCUUGUAUAUUGUAAAAGUAUAAUAAAUGUAAAGUUAAUAUUCUCAAUUUGUUUUUCAACCUGUAAAAUGUUUUUAUUUCAAUAUUGUAGAGACUGAAAGUCCAAAAUUGAGUCUAUAGUUUUGUACAUACGUCACUGUUGUAAGUAUAUAUUGUAAUAAUAACGUGAAUAUUUAAGAGAGGUAAAUGCAAUAAAUUUUCUGUAUUAGCAGUCCUUUUGAUGUAAAUAAAAGCUGUGUUGAGAGACGGAAACCUUCGAUGUAGACAGUGAACAACGAAUAUUCCUCAAAGACGAAUGAAAAAUAAAUAGACAUUGUUUAUGUUCUUUAAAAUGUUUUAUAUUAUUGGAGUAAUAGCAGAUUAUAUUGUGAGCUAUAUUGCAAGUAUAUACAUCAUCGGUUAAUUUUCAAGUGACCUGUUGUCAUUCACACUUUAUCAUUGUAACAAUACUUCAUGUCAUGCACGAUAAACUUAUCGUUUAUGUUUCAACAACCCAGUUUUUUUAAUAUAAACAUAUAUUUAUUUUCUUUUGAUAGCUUCAAACGUCUUAACAGUACCCCAGGAAGGUGUGUGAAUAGAUGCAAUAAAAUUUAAUACAGAAAUCAUA